AUGGCAGCCAAUCCGUUUAUGAUGGAUGAUAUCAAUCCGGCCCCCCAGUUGGGAUCUGGUUACAUAAAUCCCUUUGCGACAUCAACAGCAACUCCAGCCUCUUCAGCAGUUUUGAAUCCAUUUUUCGACAUGGCUCCGGCCAAUGUAAGCGCUGUUAGCAAUCCAUUUUUGAUGGAUGAUGUCCCGCAACAACCCAGCGCUAGUUCGGUGUACAACCCUUUCGCAUCAUCCAUCACAGAAUCUGAUACAGCGGUCAAUGAACACGUUGACAGUCUCGCGUGGCUGAGUUCUGGCGGUGCCAUGCAAACGCAAAGCAAUAUGGCUAGUCCGUACGAUCUGCCAGAUACGUCGUCUAUGUCGCAUCACUCCCCCUUGAUGGACGAUUUGCUGGAAGCCGAUGAGCCACUUCCUGAAGAAUUGGUCAGCGACAUCUUGGAAGUAGCUACGCCGUCACCUGGAGCAUCUCCUAUACCAGAGAGCCUCGGCAGUGCGAAACCUGCCAGACCAGCUCCGCCACCUAGACCACCGUCAAGACCAUCUCCUCCACACGAAACUCAACAGCUGAUAUUGUCUGUUACGGGAGCAAUGCAAGCCACUUCCGAACAUUUAUUGGACCGUCUGAGAGCCACCGCUCCGAGUCCAGUACCGGGAUACAAUCCAAACAUGAUACAUUCACAUUCACCAUCUCCUUCACCAUCGCCGUGCCCAAGUCCUACGCAAAACGCAGAAGUGGAUCUUCUACAUUAUGAUCAUUUGGGUGAUCAUCCAGCUGUUCCUCCACCACGUCCGACAUCACGACCUUCUUCUCCGGCUGUUCCGCAGAGACCACAGCAAGUUCCAUCUAGGCCAGCACCCUCCGGACCGCCUCCAAGGCCCGUUGCUCCGAACAGCGCCUCAACGGCACAACCGCCACCAUCAGCUGACAAAGGUUUUGCUAGUAUUUUUGGAGAGCCGUCUCCCACAUCUGAAUUGGAAGCGCUGGCAUUUUCACCGACACCAGCAAGUUCACAACAAGUGACAACGGAAGCUGUUCCUGCGGAAGAGAUUGAUUUGCUAGGACUUCCGAAGCCUAGGACACGCACAAAUAAUGAUAUUUUGAAACUAUUCGAGAAGAAGGUGGAUCAAGAGAAAGAUUUGCUGGCCGGUGACGUCUUUGAAAGUACCUUUCUCGUUGAUCUUGAUCAUCAGGCUCCACCCUGCCCCAUUGCUCCGGAAUCACCGUUUGUUAUGGCUCCGGCUACAAGUCAACCAUCAUUCUUCCAGGAAGAAUUAGUGAUCGAGCCGACCGAGCCAGUGCAAACUACCGAACAGGACUCGUUGUCAAAGCAUUAUCAACAGCCGCAAGAAGCACCGUCAUUGGUGUACUCAGACAUUAAAAGCCCUAUUCAGUCGGAGCCAAUCACGAUCCCCAUGCGUGGAGAAUGCAUCGAUCAACCCGAAGAGUUCGACGCAUUCUCAUCUCGUUUCGAGAGUGUCGGACGAGAAGACACGCUAAUGGUGGAAAGCGAUCCAUUCGAUCCAUUCUCGGCUGGUGGCAGCGCCAAAGGCAGUUCUGUUUGGGGUACUGCAACUGGAACACCGGAAUCCAGCAGCUUAUUAGGUUUCGGAGCGAGUGAAGGUUUUGAUCCGUUUUUGGCUCUAACGGAGCCUCCACCACCUCCACACGGAAGCCCACGUUUUCCAUCAUCUCAUCGUGAACUUUCACACGAUUCCGAUGAAGAACAACCAGAAUUUGCUCUCUCUAUUAAGCCACGCAGCGAAGGCUUUAUGGAUGGUAAAAUAGGAUUAGCUUUAGCCCCUGCUUUAGCUCCGCCACCGAGAAUUCCAAUCCAGACUGCAAGCAGUGAUGAUUAUUCUCCUCCAAAAAGUCUUAAUCCAUUCCUGAUUCCCGAGCAGGUGCCCGUACCAACAUCAUACGAACCCUAUCUGCCUCCUGAGAGGAAAUCAACGGCACCACGUAGAGACUCUGAAGAUUCCCCCGUAACACCACUCUUUGACGAAGAUCAGUCGGUACCUUUGGAAGUAUUUCCGCGUAUCGAGUACAAAGGUCAAGUAUGGGAGAUGCAAUUGCGACAGCCGAAUAAGAAAAAGAUCACCAGUCAGAGGUUCUGGAAGAAGGUUUUCGUCAAAUUGGGAGUUCAUAACGAUCUGCCCGUGAUACAACUCUACAGCAAUAAGGACGACAAAGAACCUUUCCAGGAACUUCAGCUCCAACCCUGCUAUUCCGUCUCCGAUAUUAGUGCACAGCAGUUUGAUCAUUACGGGAAAAUCUUCACCGUCAAAGUACAGUACGUGUUUUACAAGGAACGGCCAGGUAUUCGACCGGGCCAGGUAACCAAGGCCGAGCGACUUACUAGUCGAUUGCAACAAUUUGCCGCCUAUGCCAUCCAAGGCGACUACAACGGCGUCAAGGAAUUCGGUAGCGAUCUCCGCAAAUUGGGCAUUCCCGUCGAGCACGCUCCACACAUAUCUGAACUGCUGAAGCUCGGAACAACCAAUUAUGAAGAACUAAAAGAGUUCAGCUCUGCCAUAGAGGAAGCUCUGUUCAAAUUGACAGUGCCGCGAGAGAAAUCUCAGGUGGGAUACAAAACGGAUGAAGUUCAGAUGACAGCAGUAGACGAAUUCUACGUGGAACAAGAUAAAAUGGGCCGAGUGUUGCGACAGAUAGCUCGAGUUCGCGUCUUCGUCCUGUCUUUCCUCUCGGGAUUGCCCGAUGUGGAAUUGGGUGUCAACGACCUGCCCAGACAAGGCAAAGAAGUAGUCGGACGUCACGAUAUUAUUCCAGUCAUCACAGAAGAGUGGAUCCGGCUGGAAGAUGUGGAAUUCCACAAUUGCGUUGAUCAAGCUGAAUUUGAAAACACUCGGACUGUCAAAUUCCGGCCUCCGGAUGCGUGCUAUAUCGAACUGUUGCGCUUCCGCGUACGGCCACCAAAGAACCGCGAGCUUCCACUCCAAGUGCGCACCACUUUCAGCGUCUCCGGCAACAAAGUGGAACUGAAAUCGGACGUCUUGGUGCCCGGCUAUAUUAGCCGCAAGUACGGCCAAAUCCCCUGCGAAGACGUCGCCAUCCGCUUCCCACUCCCCGAAUCCUGGAUCUACAUGUUCCGGGUGGAAAAGCACUUCCGCUACGGAUCGGUCAAGUCCUCUCAUCGACGCAUGGGCAAGAUCAAGGGCAUCGAACGCUUCUUGGGCGCCGUAGAUACCUUAGAGCCAACUCUCAUUGAAGUCACCUCCGGCUCGGCCAAAUACGAGCAUCACCACCGGGCUAUUGUCUGGCGAAUGCCUCGUCUCCCCAAGGAAGGACAAGGAUCCUACACUACGCACAGUUUUGUUUGUCGUCUCAACUUAACGUCCUACGACCAAAUGCCGGAAACUCUGGCUCGCCACUGCUUCGUCGAGUUCACUAUGCCGGCCACUAACGUUUCCCAUACUACCCUUCGCUCCUUGGCAGUUAGCACGGGUGAUCCACCAGAAAAAUAUGUGCGCUAUUUAGCUAGGCAUGAAUAUGUGGUGGAGAUUGAUCACACUAGUGGGCCUGGACCAGCGGCUUACGUAGCAGCUACCGCCACUGAUAGCAUUGGUCAGCAGUUGCCACCAGCCGCUGAACAACCCGAAGAUUCCGACAGUGAUUCGGAUUAAGCUGUCUAUUUUUCUUGCUGUUGAUGGCUCUGCCGCUUAAUCGUCGUCAUCGUGGUAGCAAGUAUCCUAGAUCGUACUCUAUGUAACUCAUGUCCAGAAUGAUUUUUUACAGAGUAGCUCGUUUGAGAUAAUCUCACCUUCUUAAUCUAAAUAGCGUUCAUGACUUUCUGAAAGUUCUCGUUUCAUUGGACCAACGAGGCCCUUACGUGUUUCUAAUUGUGCGAUCUCAUUUCUAUUUUACCGCCAGAUGGUCAACAGGUAAUACCUACUUUGAACCAUUCUGUUAAGAUGCCGCUCUGAACAGUCUCGUGUACCACCUCAAGCGGAGCAGACAGCUGUUUUGUUUUUGAAUGUUGUUCAUCGUUUUGUGUUCAAGAACUUCGAGUGUUUUCUCUAAACCAACUUAAAAUGUCAACCAUUCGUCUAUAUUCAAACAUUAUGCUGAAUUAUUUCCUUUCCCGUCAAUAACGCAGCUUGGUAGGUCGUGAACGACGUGUGAUCUCCACAUUCCCAUUAUUCCUUUGUCUGUUUUUUUUUUCUUAAAUCAAGAUUCAAGUUUUGAAAGUGUGGUGGACUGCCCCCAGCAUUCCCUAUUACGAUAUUAAGGGCUAGCAUAUGUAUUUAUUCAAUGCGAAAAAUGAUUUCAUUUUCUGUUGUUCUUUGAAAUCGUACUUAUACCCUUUCCUUCUUAGAUUCAGCAUAUCACAUCAUCUGUAAUAACUUAUGAUAUUGACAUUUGUGUUUAUUUCCUUGUACGUCGUGCGUGACAUCCAGUUCUUGGAGCAAAAUCGGAUUGCUGGCUCGCUGACAUAAUCCAGUAGAAUCAAGGGUCAGUAAUAUUUGUGUGUGCGUUGUGUUCCAUUUUAUCGACCGUAAAGGACGACUAUACAGCUAUCAGCCAAAGACAAGUGUAAUUCCAAUGGUUUUUUUCAUGAGCAACUUACAUUUUUUUUCAUCCAAAUCCUUCUUUCAUUUUUUUACAUUUUUAAAAAACACUUUACAGAGCAAAAUAUAAAUAUGAGAGAAUACUUGCCGUAAAGCUUGCCGUUAUGGUGAGCUUGAGGGACCCCGUGCGCUAGUGCCAUCUUUGACCUAAUUUCAUAAUGUUUUAAGUGUUUGUACCUCUGUAACCUGUCAAUAAUUCAAAAGCGGUAACGCAAUGCGUUCUUCGCGUUAUUAAUGUAUAAAUUAUUCUGUGCAUGUACUUUAAAUGCUUCUCGGAUCUCCAGUUAUGACAGUUUACCAUAUAACUUAGUAAAUAAGUUGUGCCAGGCUUGUCCUUCUGUGUAUCUUAUUGUUCCCGUUUUGUGUCAGAACAAAAUGGGUGAUUUGAAAAGAGAAGGGCAAUCCCUUGGGCUGGGUGAGUGCAAUCUAGUCAUGGACUCACUCUUGCUGAGUCAUUCAAUAAAUGUAUUUUCAUGUUG